CAUCAGAAGGCAAGGCGCGUUUCGGCUACCAGCAUUCCCUGGAAAUCCGCGAGGAUGAGAGGUUGAUCAGGAGAUGAGGGAAGGCUAGGUGGCCAUUGAGAAGGGGGGAGAAGGAGGCCUCGCCUAUGGGAGAAGCACCUUCCAAGAGGCCCUCCCGCCGCCGCCAGUCCUCCAGGCGGCAGCGCUGGGCGGCAGUGACGUCAUCAUGGGCGGCGGUGCUUGUCGUGGCGCUGGGCCUGCUGACGUGGACACUGUACCUGUACUCUGCCACCCACCGCCUGCUCUCUCAGCCCUCGUCCUUCAGCUCCACUCGCUCCUCCACCCCUCGCAAGCUACAGCAGGAUAUGGCAGUUGGGAGGAGGGAGGGACGCAAAGGGGAAGACAAAGAAGAAGAGGAAGAACCAACGCAAGCGGAUGAUGAUGGUGAAAGGGGGCGUAGGGAAGAAGGGGCAGGGGACGUUAGGGUGGAUGGAAUAGCAGGGAAGGCGGGGAGCCCGCAGCAGCAAGAGCAGGGGGGGCAGAAACGGGAGGGCGAGCAGGGCGAGGGGCAGGGGAGUAGAGCGGGUUUGACUCAUGGACUAGAAUUGGGAGACAGUGAGAUGCACAGGGGAGGGGUGGAGCAGGGGGGAAAGGAGAGGGAGGGAGGGAGAAGAGAGGGAGGAAGAGAGGAGGGGGUUGGAGAGAGGGAGGGGGUACCGCUGUCCCUAGAAGCACAGGUGAAGGCGUUGCAGAAGCAGCAGGCAGAGGUGCAGUCGUGGGAGGAGGAGGUGAUCAGGAGAAUAGGGGCGGUGGAGACGAGGGAGAGGGAGGCUAAGAGGAGGGAGAAGGUGAUUGACGGGAAGGAGACGGAAAUCGCUUGGAGGGAGAAGGAGUGGCGGAAAGAGGCAGAAUUGAGGAGAGUGGGGUCAGAAGGAGAGGAUGAAGGGGUUGGCCUGGGGAGGAGAGUGGGGGCAGCAGGGGGGGGUGUCAGCGGUGGCAUGCGGCAUGAUGUAAUGGAGGCCCUUCAGAUGCUGAAACUGACUGUGAAAGCGCUGGAGGACAACAUCGAGAUGGUGCUGAAUACUGAGGCCGGCCUGCACCCCCACGCCUUCAAUGCAAGUCAGCAGCAGCAGCAGCAGAGGCAGGAGCAGAAGCAGCAGCACUACAGCUGUCAGCGGGGAGAGGCAGCAGCAGCAGCCACAGCUCCCAAAGCCCCAGACCGCCCCAAGCAGUACAUUCGUCCGAGAGUGCAGGGCCCGCUGGUGAUAGCCGGCAUGGUGUACAACAGGGUGUUUGACGGGGAUUACACAAGAUUCUGGGCGCUGCAUGUGUGGCAGUGGCUGGAGUAUCACCGCUACGCUGGAGUGACUCGGUUCUAUUGGUACGACGAGGCGAGGAGCACCGAGGAAGACCAGGAUGUGGUACUCGCCCCAUACGUCGAUGCCGGACUGCUGGUGUACCACCGAGUGCGGGAGCUGCCGUUUGUGGAGGGCAACUUCACAGCAUAUCUUGAGAGGAUGUUCCGGUGCAAGCAGGGGGCAGCAUUCAACCACUGGGUGAAGCAAUAUGCCUCGGAGGUGCAUUGGGCUUUCCACGUUGAUAUUGAUGAGUACUUCUUCUCGCCGGCUGGCACACCGCCCGGCUUUCUUCGUCACUACCUGCAGACUUUACCGAAUACGACAAUACAGGUUCUGGUUCAAAACCUCUUCUUCCUGGGAGACCCCAUUGGUCCCGACACCGACACGCUGCUUGAGCGCUACACGCUGCGCAUGCCGAACUCGUCGGAGCGCCACCGCACCAAGCCCCUCGCAUGGCUGCCCCUCGCGGCACAUCUCACGGAUGACUGCAUCAACCCGCACUCGUGGCCCGUCAUGGAGAAUGGGCCGCCGCCUCUGGUGGAUACGAGGGUGAUGAGGCUGAAUCAUUACUGGGGGGAUCGCGCUGGGGUGAUUUCGGACAAUACCCCGAUCUACACGAUGGAUGUUACGAUGAUGGACGAGUAUGGCGAUGGGCUUGUGAAGGAUGAGUCAGCCAAGCCCAUGGGCGCGUGGCUGCGGCAGCGCAUGCAGGUGGCGUGGGCGGUGAUAUCGGCACAGGCAGUUCGCAAGGAGAGAGUGCGGCUCAGGAAGCAUGUGGCUGAGGUUAAGACACGUGUCAAACAGCUAGUGGCUCUAGUGCCUAAGCUGCUUAAGAGAGGAGGAGGCGAGGGAGUGGGGAGGGGAGAGGGAGGAGAGGGAGGGGAAGAGAGGGGUCUCAUGAUGGGUGAUUUCUUCUUCGCCGAUCUGCUCAAUGCCACCAAUGCUGCCAAUGCCACAAACGCUACUGCCGGUGCAAAUGUUACCAGGAGUGCCGAUGUUACCAUUGGUGCAAGUGUUACCACUGGUGCAAGUGUUACCGCUGGUGCAGACGGUACAAUAACCAGCAAUGCAAGCACCAGAGCAGCUGGAAACGAUUCUUUGCCCGCAGCCGCACGCACUGGAGCAGUUGUUGGGAUUGAGACGCCUCAAAAACCACCCGUGGCACCUGUGGCACGCGUGGCACUUGUUACCAGUCGAGAAGAGCCAAGCAGGAUGG